AUGGUUGGAUUCACGGAUCUGCUGGCCGGUGCCUGCCUUUUGCCGGCCGUUUACGGCGCGAGCAGCUCGGUCGCGAGCUCGACUUCGAGCGCCCCCUACCACCAGUUUACUAUCCCUGCUUCCGUCAACUAUGGCGAGAACUUGAUCGCCAACAUUGACGACCCCCAGGCCGUCAAUGCUCAGGAUGUUUGCCCCGGAUACAAAGCAUCGGGGGUGCAACAGAGUGCUAAGGGGAUGACUGCUAAGCUGCAGCUGGCUGGCGAGGCGUGCAAUGCGUAUGGUACGGACGUGGACUCUCUGGACUUGAUUGUCGAGUACCUGGCCAAGGACCGAUUGAAUGUCCAGAUCACUCCCACCCAUGUUGAUCGUCACAACGCGUCUUGGUACCAGCUUUCUGAGGCCGUUGUGCCGCGGCCCAAGGCCGACAAGGGCGCCACGGCUGAGAACAGCGACUUCGAGAUCACCUGGUCCAACGACCCCUCUUUCAGCUUCAAGGUUACCCGCAAGGCCACUGGUGAUGUGCUCUUCGACACCACUGGCACCAAGCUGGUGUUUGAGAACCAGUUCAUCGAAUUUGUUACUGCCCUGCCCCAGGACUACAAUCUGUACGGCCUCGGCGAGCACAUCCAGCAGCUGCGCCUCCUGGAGAACCAGGUUAUGACCAUCUACGCAUCGGACAUUGGUGACCCCAUUGAUGGCAACAUCUACGGCUCUCACCCCUUCUACUUGGACACCCGUUACUACGAAGUCGACGCUGAGGGUACUCACACCCUCGUUUCGAGUUCCGCGGCCGACCAGUCCAAGGACUAUGUCUCCUACUCCCACGGUGUCUUCCAGCGCAAUGCCCAUGGUCAGGAGAUUCUCACUGGAACUGACAAGCUCACCUGGCGCGCCAUUGGCGGCAGCAUCGAUCUGACCUUCUACUCUGGUCCGACCCAGCCUGAGGUGACCAGCAGCUACCAGAUCAGCACCGUUGGUUUGCCUGCCAUGCAGCAGUACUACACCCUUGGCUUCCACCAGUGCCGCUGGGGUUACCAAAACUGGUCCGUGGUUGAGGAUGUCGUUGAGAACUUCGAGAAGUUCCAGAUUCCCCUCGAGAACAUCUGGCUUGACAUUGACUACAUGCACGGCUACCGAGACUUCGAAAAUGACGCCAUGCGCUUCUCAUACAGCGAGGGUGAGAAGUUCCUGGACAAGCUGCACGCUAGCGGACGUCACUUCAUCCCCAUUGUUGACUCUGCUAUCUACAUCCCCAACCCCAAGAAUGCCUCCGAUGCCUAUGACACCUACACUCGUGGCGCCAAGGAUGGUGUCUUCCUGAAGAACCCUGAUGGAAGCACCUACAUCGGUGCUGUCUGGCCUGGAUACACCGUGUUCCCCGACUGGCACAACCCCAAGUCCGUUUCGUGGUGGUCUAACGAGCUCGACAUCUGGCACAAGAAGAUCGCGUAUGACGGCAUCUGGAUUGACAUGAGCGAGGUCUCCUCCUUCUGUGUUGGAAGCUGCGGAACUGGCAACCUCACUCUGAACCCCGCCCACCCUCCUUUCAGUCUGCCUGGUGAGCCCGGUAACAUCAUCUACGACUACCCUGAAGGCUUCGCUGUUACCAACUCUACUGAGGCUGCAGCCGCUUCGGCGGCUGCUUCUAGCCAGGCUGCCGCGGCCGGCGAUGGUAGCUCGGGAGCGUCGUCGACAGUGUCCUACUUGCGCACCACUCCUACUCCGGGCGUGCGUAACAUCAACUACCCUCCCUACACUAUAAACCACGACCAGACUGGCCACGACCUCGCCGUGCACGCCGUGUCUCCUAACGCCACUCACAUUGACGGUGUCGCGGAGUACGAUGUGCACAACCUCUGGGGCCACCAGAUCCUCAACGCUACCUACCACGGUCUGCUGAAGGUUUCUCCCUCGAAGCGUCCUUUUAUUAUCGGUCGCUCGACGUUUGCUGGUUCUGGAAAGUGGGCUGGUCACUGGGGUGGUGACAACUACUCUAGGUGGGCCUACAUGUACUUCUCUAUUCCCCAAGCGCUGUCCUUCUCUCUCUUCGGUGUCCCUAUGUUCGGUACCGACGCCUGUGGUUUCAACGGCAACACCGACGAGGAGCUGUGCAACCGCUGGAUGCAGAUGUCUGCCUUCUUCCCCUUCUACCGCAACCACAACGUCCUCUCUGCCAUCCCGCAGGAGCCUUACCGCUGGGCCUCCGUCAUCGAGGCUUCUAAGUCCGCCAUGGCAAUCCGUUACGCCAUCCUGCCUUACUUCUACACCCUGUUCCACCUAGCUCACACCACCGGCUCGACCGUCAUGCGUGCCUUGGCCUGGGAGUUCCCUAACGACCCGUCCCUGGCUAACGUCAACACCCAGUUCCUCGUGGGUCCCUCUAUCAUGGUUGUCCCCGUGCUUGAGCCCCUGGUCGACUACACCAAGGGUGUCUUCCCCGGCAUUAAGCAGGGCGAGGUCUGGUACGACUGGUACACCCAGACCGCCGUUGACGCCCAGCCCGGUGUCAACACCACCAUCCCCGCCCCUCUGGGUCACAUCCCCGUGUUCGUCCGCGGUGGCAGCAUCCUCCCCAUGCAGGAGCCUGCCCUCACCACCCGUGAGGCCCGUAACACCCCGUGGUCCCUCCUCACUUCUCUCAGCAGCCAGGGCACUGCUACUGGUAAGCUGUACCUUGACGACGGCGAGAGUCUCUACCCCAACGCUACUCUCAGCGUUCAGUUCCAGGCCUCCAAGAACAAGCUCACCGCUAUGGCCCGUGGUAACUGGAAGGAGGCCAACCCGCUGUCGGAGGUGACCGUUCUGGGUGUCACCGAGGGGCCUCAUAACGUCACCUUCAAUGGCCAGACUGUUCCUGGCUCGGAUGUGAACUACAAUGCUACUUCACACGUUCUCUCCGUGUGCGGUCUGCAGGCCAUGACUGCGGACGGUGCUUUCAGCAAGCACUGGACCCUCAUGUGGUAA